GUAGGUGGUUUGAUUUCGCGUAAACUUAUAAAACAAAUACAAUUUCUCUCUUACAAUUCAAAAUCACAGAAAGAGAGAAUCCAAUAUACAGGAAAAUGGGAGAUUGCCGGCCAUUGGGUUUCUUGCUGGGGCUUCCUUUUGCUUUGGUUGCAUUGAUUUUAUCUCUUGUUGGCGCUGUGGUGUGGAUCAUUGGAACUGUAUUGAGUUGCUUGUGCCCAUGCUGCAUUUGUUGUUCUGCACUUGCAAACUUCGCGGUGGAUCUGGUGAAGCUUCCUGUGAAAAUAUUGAGAUGGUUCAUUCAUCAGAUUCCUUGUUAAUUGAUUAGAUGCAGUAUAUUUUCAUUUGUUAAUUUAUGGGUUUUGUGUUCAAAUAAGAUUUGUUUAUGUAAUUACAAUUCAUACAGUAACAUGAUUUCGAGCAUUUGAUGCC